AGCAUCUUCAGAGCAAAGAGGCCCGAGCACUCGCAGGCACCAGCUCCGCCGGCUGCCUUCCUCCCUGCGGACUCGUACUCCGGCUGCAAAGAUGUGCAAGGGCCUCGCGGGGCUGCCGGCUUCGUGCCUGAGGAGCGCGAAAGACAUGAAGCACCGGCUGGGGGCACUGCGGCAGAGGUGGGACUCCUGCGACCACGGCCCCACCCAGGGCAGGAAGGACAAGCUGGUCCUCUGCCAGAGGGUGAGCCGAGAGGAGGUCAAAAAGUGGGCCGAAUCCCUGGAAAACCUGAUUAGCCAUGAAUGUCAACCUGGAUGCCAGCACGCGGGAGGAGACCAGCCGGAACGUGCGGGCGCCCACAGCCGCCUGCUUCGACGAGGCCCAGAGGCGGAUCUUCCAUCUGAUGGAGAAGGACUCCUACCGCCGCUUCCUCAAGUCCCGCUUCUACCUGGAGCUGGCCGGCCCUGCCGGCUGCGCGUCCGAGAAGCAGACGGGGGCCAAGCGGGCCGCAGACUGCCCUUCCCUGGUGCCCCAGUGCGCCUAGUCCCCCCGGCGGCCACGGAAGAGAGGCUGGGACUCGGAGCCGGGGACCCCGAGGCCGGCUGCGGCCUGAGGCAGCAGGGGCGCCUCCACGCCGGAGCCUCGCUCCCCUGCCGCCUGCCCCACGUCGCUCACUAGAUUUAGUGUCUGUGUUUCCAUGUUCAUCGGGCCAGGCCCUCAUUCCAGUCCAACGCCCCACCCCAUUUUUUUAGGGUACCAGGGAAGCAGUUUUCCACACACCAGCCCGGUAGGCCUGGAUUUUUAGAGAUUGUUGGCCUUUCUGUCCGCCCCGCGAUUUGGCCUCAGGUGGGCAGGUCGGAGGGUCCACGUCGCGCGGCACCCGCAGGCUCAUGGGCUCCGCUAGCCAGGAUCCUCUGCGAACUGUGGGUGUCUCGGUGAGGGCGGCUGAUUGUGUGCGCAUGUGUGUGUGAGCAUCCGCACGCACGCACGCACGUCCCCAUGAGAACGGACAGACAGGCCCCAGGCACCGGCGUGUACACACCUGCAUGCAUGUCUGGUCCCCGGUUUUUAUCCUGUGACGGAGCAGGACACACUGAACCAGCUCCUGCCGGCCGACCCGCGGGCCGUGGCUGCCACCCUCCGGGGCGCCAUGCCCGAUUCAACUGUGACCUCCUCCUCCCCGAGCCGUAUUCUGAAGAGCAAAGGUCACAAAGAGCCUUGUCCUUGGCUGCAGGGCUGUCCUGGGCUGCGGUCCCUUAGGGCCUCCCCUCUCCGCCCCAGGUGCCUGAGGCACCGCUGCCCGCAGCCCAGUGGGUAUGGGGCCGGGAGGUGGGGCUGGGGCUGGGCUGGGCCGUCCGGCGCAGGCUGAGGGAGAGCUCGGGACGCAAAGCCUGGGUCCCCUCCUCCGCGCUCCUCCUCUGCCAGCCAAGGUGCGCUUCUCACGCUGAGUUUCCUGAGAACGUGGCUGUCACGCGGGGCUCCUGACUUCCCGGUGGUGGGUGUCGGUGUCCUGUGGUCUCUGAGCUACACGCCUACGCGCUAAACCAGCCCCCCGGGAAAGGUGACAUCAUCAAAGGAGCCCCUUUCUGCAAACUGGAAGUCGCCGCUGUCCUGAGCGGCAGCCGUUCGCGCACCCCCCCGCCGGCCAGCGGGGCGGGGCCCGCGAUUCCAGGCUCCGAGACAGACUCGGUGGAGGCACGGGCAGGGGGCGAACUGUGAGAACUGCCGCCUGCAACUUUUCGAGACGUGAAAUACUUGAAGAUCCCCCCCUUGUGUUAUUUAUGAUGUCGUUUUGUACCAUGUUUUUAGUACUGUGUCGUUUUGUACAUGGAGGCGCACAGCGCCGCCUGAGCGGGUCACAAGCGGCCGGGAGGUCACGUCCCCUCCUUGUCCCGAUACCACUGCCCAGGAAGGACCCACGUGCCCAGUCUCCACGCCUGCCACACGUGUGAGCCCCGUGUGCUCAGAGGCCAAGGGCCUGGGCCGCAAAGCGAAGCCCCCACUGUCAUGUGCUCAUGC